UGACCCCGGCGGCCCGCACUCCCGCCGCCGCUGCACCAUGCUCCGCGUGUCCGCUCUCGCCGCCCGCGCUCUCGGGCCCCGCCUGGGCCGCCGCCUGCUUUCGGCCGCCGCCGCGCAGGCCGUGCCGGCCCCCAACCAGCAGCCCGAGGUCUUCUGCAACCAGAUCUUCAUAAACAAUGAGUGGCAUGACGCCGUCAGCAAGAAAACGUUCCCCACCAUCAACCCAUCCACUGGGGAGAUCAUCUGCCAGGUUGCCGAGGGAGACAAGGCAGACGUGGACAAGGCCGUGAAGGCUGCCCAGGCCGCCUUCCAGCUGGGCUCGCCCUGGCGCCGUAUGGAUGCGUCCACCAGGGGCCAGCUGCUGAACCGCCUGGCCGACCUGAUCGAGCGGGACCGGACCUACCUGGCCGCCCUGGAGACUCUGGACAAUGGCAAACCCUACGUCAUCUCCUACCUGGUGGAUCUGGACAUGGUCGUCAAAUGCCUCCGAUACUAUGCUGGCUGGGCUGAUAAGUACCAUGGGAAGACCAUCCCCAUCGACGGCGACUUCUUCAGCUACACCCGCCACGAGCCCGUGGGGGUGUGUGGGCAGAUCAUCCCGUGGAACUUCCCGCUCCUGAUGCAAGCAUGGAAACUGGGCCCGGCGCUGGCGACCGGGAAUGUGGUGGUGAUGAAAGUGGCCGAGCAGACCCCGCUCACUGCCCUCUAUGUGGCCAACUUGAUUAAGGAGGCCGGCUUCCCCCCGGGCGUCGUCAACAUCGUUCCGGGCUUUGGCCCCACCGCCGGUGCCGCCAUCGCCUCCCACCCCGACGUGGACAAAGUGGCCUUCACAGGUUCCACGGAGGUCGGCCGCCUCAUCCAGGUGGCUGCAGGGAGCAGUAACCUCAAGAGGGUCACGCUGGAGCUGGGCGGGAAGAGCCCCAACAUCAUCAUGUCAGAUGCUGACAUGGACUGGGCCGUGGAGCAGGCCCACUUCGCCCUGUUCUUCAACCAGGGCCAGUGCUGCUGCGCUGGCUCGCGGACCUUCGUGCAGGAGGACGUUUAUAACGAGUUUGUGGAGCGGAGCGUGGCCCGCGCCAAGUCCCGCGUGGUCGGGAACCCCUUCGACAGCAGCACGGAGCAGGGCCCGCAGGUGGAUGAGGAGCAGUUUAAGAAGAUCCUCGGCUACAUCAAAUCUGGGAAGGAUGAAGGCGCCAAGUUGCUGUGUGGGGGCGGGGCCGCGGCUGACCGGGGCUACUUCAUCCAGCCCACCGUGUUCGGAGACGUGCAGGACGGCAUGACCAUCGCCCGGGAGGAGAUCUUCGGCCCAGUGAUGCAGAUCCUGAAGUUCAAGACCAUAGAGGAAGUCGUGGGCAGAGCCAACGAUUCUAAGUACGGCCUGGCUGCAGCCGUCUUCACCAAGGACUUGGACAAGGCCAACUAUCUGACCCAGGCCCUCCAGGCGGGCACUGUGUGGGUCAACUGCUACGAUGUCUUUGGGGCCCAGUCACCCUUUGGGGGCUACAAGAUGUCUGGGAACGGCCGGGAGCUGGGGGAGUACGGCCUGCAGGCCUACACGGAAGUGAAAACCGUCACAGUGAAAGUCCCUCAGAAGAACUCCUAAAGAGCGUCGCCACCCUGACCGUCCCACAAGAUCAUCCCAACCAAGAAAAAUCUUCCUUGCAUGCUGAAAGUCUCUGAAAAAAACCUUCCACAAAAAUCCCCUGGAUUGAGAAAGUUCCUGAAUCUGAAUUGGGCAAUUGGCAGUGAGGGGUGGGUGGGUGAGGGGUCAUGGAAAGCCUCUUAAACAGCAGUAAAACUAGCUCUGGUGGUGGCGGUGGUGGUGGUGGAGGGGGGAAGGCCGAGUACUGGUGAUAAGAAUUAAGUCUCAUUCCGUCCAUCUCACACUCUGUUCCUGCUUUUUAUAAAGGAGAGUAAAGGCCGUUGUUUGCCAUUGCACUAAUGCUGAGGCAGCCGCUAGCUAGCACCUCGCUUUGUAUCCUAGACUAAAACUUGGCGCCAGAUAGUUCAGUGGAGAGGGCGUUUGCCUUGCGCGUGGGUGACCCGGGUUCAAUCCCCAGCAUCCCAUAUUAUUCCCUGAGCACCACCAGGGGUGAUUUCCUGAAAAAGACUCAAAUGAAAACAAUACUCCUCCCUCCCCCACCCCCCCUACACUUUUCCGGUAACUUCCUCCAACUCAACGGACCAAGCAGCAGAGGUGUAGGAUAGGUUGUACCAAGCCGCCACCCCCUGGGGGUGGUAAUAGGUGGUGUUUCUUCUGGUUCAUAAACAAAUCCCUGUGUUCAUCUACCCCUGUGCCAGGCCUGAGGUUGGCACCUAAAAACUCCCAUCUCCACCCUGGGCGAAAGGGGCAGCCCAGGAAAGCAGCCCUUGUCCAGCUGGCUCCCAGUAGGAUCUGUGUUCCGUAAUCAGACCCCUGUCUCCUCUCCGCCCUUCCGUCAGCAGACCCGGCCCAGGAGUUACACGGAUUGUUAGGCAGAAACUUAGCUCAGAGUCCUGGAUGAGCAACGGAAUUGGAGCCAGGAGGGUUGGGUCACAGUAUUGGUUUGGGGUCAAGUUUGGGACACUCAUUCUUUAAGGCUCUGAGGGAAAGUUUGUAUUGUCUUGGAUGUCCUGUUGUAUCAUUUUUGCCUACAAUGUCAGAGGGAGAGGAAACUCAGUUGGUUUCAUUUCUUCGCCCAGACCUUCACUUCAGCUAUGCUCUGUCUUGAUAGGCCAGCCCUGUUAGAUUAAAGACUCGUUUGACUUACA